CCGCCCCCGCCGCCCCCGCCAAUGCUCGAGCUGUAUACGCCGUCGCCGGAGCCGAGGAAGAAGAAGUGUGCCUCCCCGCUGGCGCAUAGCUACGGGCAAGGGCACCUCUACCCCGACGUCGUGAUCACGAGCGCGACGGCGCUGCCGCUGCCCCCGCCUCCACCACCACAACAACAAUCAGCACACGCACGCUUUUACACCUACCCCACCCACACCAACGCCCCACCGCCACCCCCACCACCACCACCCACCAUCGAGCGCCUCGUGCGCCUCCCCGCCCUCUAUCCCGCCCGCAAAGCCGCGCUCCUGCACCACGCCGCCGCGCCGCACGAUCUCGCGUCUAACUUGUGGCUGCUGAAGCACGGGGAGGACGGGGCGUGGUAUCCGCGGCCGGGGCGGGGGGAGUUAGGCCGGAUGGCGAGGCCGGAACGGGCGGGGUUGGGGGCGGAUGUCGUGUUAAGGGCGUGGGAAGGCGGGGUUGCGGAGGGGGAUGUGGGGGAUGGGGGUGGGGGUGUGUGUAAGGUUUGGGUGGGGGAUGUGCUGCGUGGGGAGGAGGGGGUGGAGGAGGAGGAGGGGAAGAUGCUCCCUACGUGGAGUUGCGGUGGUAAUGGCGCCGAUGACGAUGAGGACGACGACGACGGCGCUGCUUCUGACGCUUCUUCUUCUCCUUCCGCUGCCGCGCACAGCAGCAGCAGCUCCCGCACCGCCGACGACCCCUACAUCACGUACCUGAGCGUCGUGUCCACCACAACCUACAACAGCAACAGGGGCACCCCCCUCUUCCGCCUCGAGCGCACAGGCUCCCGCAACGCGGCCUUGGCCGCCGCAUACCACAACGCGGCGGUGCGGGGCUGGAGCACCGUGUUUACGUGCGUGGUGCGGGGCGGGGUGGAGCUUGAGCUCGCGGAGGUGAGGGGUGGGGUUGAGGCGUUUAGGCGGGUGAGGGGGGUGGGGGAGCUGCUUGGUGGGGGUGGUCGUGGUGGUGGGGAAGGGGGCGGAGGGAGGGUGAGGGUGUUUUAUUAGGUGGUGGUGGUGUUGUGCUGGUUUCGGUUACGUGGUUAGCUGGAUAGUCCGUACUCUGUCAACGGCCAAGCGUGCUCUUUCUUCUUUCUCUCUAUCCUCUUCUUUCUUCGUUUUUCUUGGUUGUGUGGGUGAGGAGGGCGCGACGGAGAUGGAGAGAACGUAUGAGAGUGAAAGCGGAAAAGGAAAUAAGGGUGUCAUCUACAGCACAGUCCCUACCUACCUACAUACCUACUAAGCAAGCACCAGUAACAGCAGUAGCAGUUGCAGUAGCAUAGCAAUCAACACUAUCCCCACA